CUAACAACUCACGCUCUUGUUCGUUCUUCUAACUAUUAAGAACUAUUUGCCUGAAUAAUUUAUAUAUUUUAUUAUUUGUACAUUUUGAUAAGACAGAAUGGUGAGUUAUUAUCUCACGACGGUUAUUGUCAUUCUUUAUUUCUUCUUUGAUAUUAAUUAUUUUCUAAGAUUAAUAUUCACGUUUAUUUGGGCCAAAUUUAUUCAAAAAAAGACAAAACUCUUAGAUAAAACUACAAUCUACAGUAUAUGUACUACUCAAGACUUGGACAUGAUGUCACAUAUGAACAAUGCAAGAUAUCUACGUGAAUUAGAUUUUUGUCGUUACCAUUAUUUCAUACAAACCAAAAUGUUCUCUUUAUUAAAAAAAAUGGGUGUCACGGCAAUUCUUGGUGGCUUAUGUAUAAGGUAUCGACGACCGAUUAAAUUCUUCAUGAUAUACAAAAUCACGACUAAGUUGAUUUAUUGGGACGAGAAAAGUUUCUAUUUCGAGCACAGGUUCAUAAAUCUACAAGAUAACUUCAUUCACACAAUUAUUCUCAGCAAGCAGACGACGAUUGGCAUGAAGAUGUCUUUGAACGAAUUCAUUAAGAAACUUGAACCUGAAAUUUCUUUGCCUGAGAUAAACAGCGAUUUAAGAUUAUGGUUGGAAUCAACGAAACACUCUUCUCAGAAAUUCAGAAAAAAGGAUUAGAGAUCUUUCUUUUUUCUUUUCUUAGACUUGACACUAAGUUUUUGAAAUUAUAUGCGAGUUCUAUUUUUAUUAUCAUAUUAAUUUAAUUAAAAAUUUUUUCUUUGUAUCUAUCGGGUGGCUUAAAUUAACUAAUUGCGACUGUAUUGUGAACCAAUAAACAA